AUGGCCGACUCGGUGAGCUCAAGCAAGCCACUAUCGGCGAAGUAUCCGAAGUACAAGGAGCUCGGCGUGCUCAAUGGCCAGAACAUUGCAGACGGACUCGAAGGCUUCUGCAUGGCAACAUUGACGCGCGCCCACGGCUGGACACCCGAGGAGGUCAAUGUCUUUCUCGUUGACGUGCGGAACAACAUCAAGGAUAGAAGUGUUCACGCUUACUGGCCCAUCUAUUGCCUCAUAGGACGCAAGCCGGAGAAGGAGCCUACUCCGGCUCCUCCCGCUCCCGCUUCUCCGGAUGCGGCCUCCCCCGCUCCGGCUCCAUCUUCUCCCGCACCAGUUGAAGGUCAACCGCAGUCUCCAGCCGAGACCCCAACGACAGCUCCUGCGUUCAGUCCGGCCAAAAGCCCAGCUCCGACUUCAUCCUAG